CCGCACAUCGGCAGCGGAGCUUCAGUCAGACGGACCCGACCCCGGGGAAAGGCAGGAGCACGUCCGCCCGCGCAGCGUCUCCCCCGGCUGAACCUUCAUCACAUUCAUGCCCUUUUCAAAUGGAUGUCACCAGUUGUUCCGCCGGUUGCCCCGGGACAGCGGUCCUGUAGCCGCGUUCAACGUGAGAAAACGGCUCAUCCCGGGCUUGUUUUUUAAUUUUUUUUAGGCUUGUCUCGACGGCACGGAGAGGACCACACUCCCCCCUUCUGCCCCCUCCAACCAUUCACCAUCGUUAGCACGCUAAGCUAGCUAGCCCGCUAACUUAGCUGCGAUACUUUGCACCGUAUCGGCGGUCAGUUGCAUUUUCCUUGGAGCUAACUUGAGGUCUCCUGCGCCACAGCGGGGAAUUGAGUCGCCCUGACACUCUAGGAGCAUGUUUGAGUGACGGGCAGAGGACUGUGGGAUCGCUCUCGCCCCGCCCCCCCUGUGCUGGUGGAGCAACCUGCACAUCUGACCAGAGGCUCCCACAGUCACUUGGACAGGAUGCGGAGGUUCGCUUACUGUAAGGUGGUUUUGGCCACUUCUCUGGUGUGGGUGAUGCUGGACAUGUUCAUUCUACUCUACUUCAGCGAGUGCAACAAGUGUGACGACAAGAAAGAGAGAGGACUACCAGGGAGACAUGAUACCCUGAUCCGGCCUCGGGACGGGCCCGGUGAAGGCGGAAAGCCUGUGGUGAUCCCGAAGGACAACCAAGAGAAGAUGAAGGACAUGUUUAAGAUCAACCAGUUCAACCUCAUGGCCUCGGAGAUGAUUGCACUCAAUCGGUCUCUGCCUGACGUCCGCCUGGAAGGAUGCAAGAACAAGUUGUACCCCGAUAAUCUUCCCCGUACCAGCGUGGUGAUUGUAUUUCACAAUGAGGCGUGGAGCACACUGCUGCGAACGGUGCACUCCGUCAUCGACCGAUCGCCUCACACACUGCUGGAGGAGAUUGUCCUGGUGGACGAUGCCAGCGAGAGAGAUUUCCUGAAGCGGCCGUUGGAGCAGUAUGUCCGAAGGCUGGAAGUCCCCGUCAGAGUGGUGAGGAUGGAGCAGCGGUCUGGACUUAUCCGUGCUCGCCUCAAGGGAGCGUCCAUCUCGACUGGCCAGGUGAUAACCUUUCUGGAUGCUCAUUGUGAAUGCACAACAGGGUGGCUGGAGCCUCUGCUCGCCCGCAUAAAGCAAGACAAGAGAACGGUGGUGUGCCCCAUCAUCGACGUGAUCAGCGACGAUACGUUUGAGUACAUGGCAGGAUCCGACAUGACGUACGGCGGCUUCAACUGGAAGCUCAACUUCCGCUGGUACCCCGUACCGCAGAGAGAGAUGGACCGCCGCAAAGGAGACCGCACGCUGCCUGUCAGGACUCCCACCAUGGCAGGCGGCCUAUUCUCCAUAGACAGAGAUUAUUUCCAGGAGAUCGGCACGUAUGACGCAGGCAUGGACAUCUGGGGAGGAGAGAACCUGGAGAUCUCUUUCAGAAUUUGGCAAUGCGGCGGGACGCUGGAGAUCGUCACAUGCUCCCACGUGGGCCACGUGUUCAGAAAGGCCACACCCUACACGUUCCCUGGGGGGACGGGACAGAUCAUCAACAAAAACAACCGACGCCUGGCCGAAGUCUGGAUGGAUGAAUUUAAAAACUUUUUCUACAUCAUCUCCCCUGGUGUGACCAAAGUGGACUAUGGCGACAUCACAUCUCGCUCGGCUCUGAGGCAGAAGCUUCAAUGUAAACCCUUCAGUUGGUACUUGGAGAACGUCUACCCUGACUCUCAGAUCCCCAGACACUAUUACUCCCUGGGAGAGAUCCGCAACGUGGAGACCAACCAGUGCCUGGACAACAUGGCCCGCAAGGAGAAUGAGAAAGUCGGCAUUUUCAACUGCCACGGCAUGGGAGGCAACCAGGUGUUCUCUUACACGGCCAAUAAGGAGAUCAGGACGGAUGACUUGUGUCUCGACGUGUCCAAGCUAAACGGACCCGUCAUGAUGCUGAAGUGCCAUCACCUCAAAGGCAACCAGCUCUGGGAUUACGACCCUGUGAAGCUGAGCCUGAUCCACGUCAACAGCAACCAGUGUCUGGACAAGGCCAGUGAGGAGGACAGCCAGGUGCCCAGCGUCAAAGACUGCACACACACACGCUCCCAGCAGUGGCUACUCCGCAACGUCACACUACCAGAGGUCUUCUGACCACGCUCUGCACACUGACCAGCACACACACUCACACACACACAGCGACCCGGAGGGAGCAACCGGAGGAACGGACGUGUUUAUUGAAAUUGGGCGCACGGAGAGUAAAGACUUCCCACGUAGGGAUUUGGGAAGAGAGGAAGGAGGCCGGAUUGGAUGGUGCUACGGCGGCGAGGGGCCAGGAGGGAGGGGCGCGUCUUAUUGUCCUCGGAACGAGAAAGGAGGAAAGACUCCCUCUUGGAGACGAAGGCUGUUGUUUUAUUUUUGUUUUGUUUUUUGUUUUUUAAAGAGAUUUUACCUCUGAUCGCUGGGCGUGAAUACGAGACUGUCCAGUUGAGUCGAGGUUUGCACUCAGCGCUUCCUUGGACAAAGCAGUCCACCCUCAAUUCAUCACUUAACGUUUACUGACCGCCGUGUGUGUGUGUGUGUGUGUGUGUGUGUGUGUGUGUGUGUGUGUGUGUGUGUGUGUGUGUGUUGAGAUGAUUGUAAGCUUUGAGAACGGGGCUGAAUUUGUUUUGUUGUUUGUCUUUCAUUGUAUUUAAUUUUGUAAUGGAUUUUUAAAAAUUAACUCGUAUGAAGAAGCGUGUCUGUGUGUGUGUGUGUGUGUGUGUGUGUGUGUGUGUGUGUGUGUGUGUGUGUGUGUGUGUGUGUGUGUGUGUGUGUGUGUGUCAGAGCCCCUCCUACUGCCUUGCGGCAGUGUAUGUCUCCCUCUGGUGUUACUCCCGGGCACCUCAUUCUAAAGACUAAGUCUCCGGGCUGAGAAGUUUCCACCGGCCUGCACAUGAAAUGACGAGAGGAUUGAACGCGCUGACCCGAUGUCUGCCAUCCGCAGAGAUCUAGAGAUAGAAAUAUGAUGUUUGUGAUAUCUUGAGGUUUCUAUGUUGACUUUUUACACUGCUGUGUCUGCGCCUACGGCCCUGUGAGGGUGCCACAGAGCAGUAACCCUAGUCUGCCUGUCCGUCUCUGUUGUCUUUAAGGAUGUUUAACAUAGAGCUAAUAUAGACACACACACACACAGGUCUGCAUAUGUACCUGAUAUUCGCUGCCUAAUGUAGUGUUAAACUAUAGGAGACUCUCAUAAGGCACUGGAUAUUUCCACACACAUCCCGUAUACAAAUAGAAAUAAGGCUUCACCAGAUACUUUAAUCCAUUGUCAUAUCUUCUCAAUGACCUCUUAAAGAAAGAUUCACUCCAAGGGCCUCUUUCCUCCAGUGGAGUGUGUGUGUACGCGCAUGUGUGCGUGCGUGUGUGUGUUCAGCACUAAUCCCCAGUCCAACAGCUCCCUGUUUACUAGGACAAACAGAUGAGAGAUCCCUCGCUGUUGGACACACAGUGGACCAGCGUACACUGACGUCAGAUCAGUGUGCCCCUGCGUCUGUUUGGACAGAAGAGCGUAAAAGCUGCUUAUUUUUCUCCUUCUUUUUAGCUUCUUUUCAACAGAACCAAGUGUCUCUGCUCUCCGGAGCACAUAUCCAGGGGAGUAAAGGAAGCCGCUGUGACAAUACCCGAGACGGUGCAUCGAUGUGAUGUUGGAGACUUAAUCAGGGACGGAACGAUAGUCCGCAGAGAGCGGAGGUGAAGAUAUGAACCAUGGAUUACAAAGGGCGAAACAGCAGGAGACAUAUCUUAAUCCAUCGCUACAUAUCUCCCUGUGCAAGCUCACAUGCAGUAUUCCACCAGACAUAUCUCGGUGAGGGUUGCGUCAGCGCGUCGUUUUCAUUUCAACCUUUUCGUUAGUUUCGGGGUCACUGGGUGAUUUCAUGAACGGUUUUAACCAUUUGGGCUCCUUCAGGGGGGGGGGGGGGUUUACACAUAGGACACUGCUCGAUCAUGUUGUGGACACGAGGGUGAGAGAAGCCCGUCGUGGAAGAUGUUCAUGGGUUUUUUGGGGGAUUGAGUGAAAGGGGAAUGGUAACGGUUGAUUUGAUAUUUUGGGGGUGGGCGGGGUUUGAAGUUAACUGACAUGUCCCAGGUUUCCACACUGAGCUGAUCCAAAUGUAGAAAAUAAAGGUGGAAAAGUUUACAGAACAAUACGAGGAAAAGUGUUAUUUUCUGCCUGUUUGUCUGUACACACAUAAUAAUAAUAAUAAUACAAUAAUACACAAACCUUCUCUACAUUUUAUUUUUGAACAAACGAAAGGUGUGUUGCCAUUCAGUGUUUCUCACCAACAUUUGGCUGUGUGUGUGUGUGUGUGUGUGUGUGUGUGUGUGUGUGUGUGUGUGUGUGUGUGUCCUGACAAACUGCAUUUCCUUGCUCAUGAAUCAUUCUGAAAUAGUCUUGUCUCUGUGUGGGCGAUACAGCUGGCUGCAUCAUGUCUUCUUUCUGUUCUCAUGAGCACAACAUCUCAGGAACUCCUGAAGGGAAUCUCCUUAAAUCUGGCACAAACCUCAACGUGGACUAAAAUAUGUACUCAUGUUUCUGGUGGUUAAUGGUUAAGGUGAAUUUGCCUCCCAUUCAUGAACAAGUUUUGAAUUAUGAUUUAGUGCCACAGAGACUCGUCAGGAAGACACGGUGGACAAAUGUGUUUCACGUUCAUUUUAGCGAAAGUUAGACCUGUAAAAUGUAUGUCAGGGUCUCACAUUUUAGAAGCCCAAUGUCAAAAGGUCGAUCUUCAGUUUGUCUCCUUCCUGCUCCUUUAUGGAAACUAUUUGGUUGUGUACAUCAGACAAGAAGCAUCUCACUGGUUUUUGAGCUGCAGACUUCAGAAGAACUAUCCGGAGUCUUUGAUGUGAAGAAAUGGGUCAGAGCCCAAUCCGACUGCAGCCCGCAGGGAAACUUCUAAGAAAAGACGGAAUAUUGAAGCAUGUUCAGAGGAACAGACGGAUUUGGAGACUCAGAUGUGUGUCCAUCUAAUUGGGUUUUCUUAUUUUAUUGAUCGUUGUUUGUGAAACCAGUGUCAUAUUACACAACCAGAAGCUGCACUAAAUCCUUUUUUUCCAACUGAGACGGAUGUUGAAUUUUUGCUGGUUCUAUUGAAAGUCUCAGAGAAAAUUCCUAAACUUUUGAUAAUGUAACAGUAACAUUGUUACUCUCUGCAGUUAUUACUUUGCAAACUAUUAGGUUAUUGUGUACCAAUAAUGAGUAGGAAUAUUUUUGUAAGAAUAAGGUUUUAACCGAUAAUUCAUGAAUUUUUUUGGUUUGACAGAAGACAUGUUACCUCGGAAGGACAUAUUGAGGAAAUGCAUUUUAGACAAACAGUUACGUUAACCACGUCCGCGCAGUAUUGUAGAAGCUUAUAGAAGCCUUGGAUGUGUGAACCUGCGACAGUGAGCAGCAUUAUCAUCCCCGUGAAGCUUUGUGGUCCUUUGCUGCUCCAUUUCUUCUGUCCGCCUAUGAAUUCAAUUAACAUUAAAAGGAACGCAGGUCAAAUAGACUGGAGUUGAAAAUAAAGUACUUCAUUGCUAAAUAUUAGCCUGUAGAGAUUGACAUAUUCUAGAUCUUGUGAGUCUGAAAUGUUGCUAAUCUGAAUACCAUGUUUAUAACGUGACUUGAGAGGCUGCAGCUUUCCGUGUGUUUGAUAUUUAUUGUGCCCGCCGACACCUCGACGAUCUGUAAAGAUCUCACAGAACAGAAAGUUAGAUCCUGCUUUGUGUUGUCGGUUAAAUCCUCCUCUGUGGGGCAGUGAGCCACGAGGGGCCGCUAGUUAAAGGGACAUUUCACAAAUAUGCUUUUCUUUAGGCAGUUGGGUUGUGAUGACAGUUUCUAAACUGGUACCAGCAGAACAACGGGUUUAAAAUCUUUUUCUGCAGCAGUUAAGGUACUCGAUUAGGACUGUAUGACAUUGCACUUUGACCUUUGAUUACUUUAGGAUGACUCACUGGCUUGUUAUGGCCUACUAUACAAUGUCUUUUUCCCCAUAGUGUACACAUUUAAUACUAUUAUAGGUACAGUAAAGUGAGGUGUUUUUAACAUUUAAAAAUGUAUCACUUUACUGGGACUUUUGUCAUUACUGGUUAUGACAUGCCUUACUAUUACUUUUGAUGAUGUAAUAAACCUUGACAGGAUAA